UAUUUUAAGGAUCAAAUAAAUAAAGGUCAAAGGUUAUUUCGAGUUUCAGUUUCAGUUGGAAUAGGAUUUUGGAGGUUGAUUGGAAAUCUGCCCUAAAUCAGGAAAUUGUGUUCAAGAUUUGCUUUGAUCCCCUUUUCCGAUUGAGAUUGGGUCACUGUCCCCAAACCCUAGGCAUGCUUCCAUAUAAUUGCUCUGUCCCUCUCUUUCUACUUUUAGUUACUAUAUUUACGUAAACUGCAUUAUUAUUAUUAUUAUUAUUAUUAUAGCAGAGGAAAGAAUUCUUCUUUAUCAGAAUUAUGGAAUCAGAUGAAGGGAAGCUAUUUGUAGGAGGAUUAAGAUGGGAAACAACGGAGGAGAAGCUAAGAGACUAUUUUAGCAAUUAUGGAGAAAUUAAACAUGCCACGAUCAUGCGUGAUAGAUACACUGGCUUGUCCAGACGCUUUGCUUUUGUUCUCUUCUCUGAUCCUUCUGUUAUUGAUAUCAUUCUUCAGGACAGACACAACAUUGAUGGCCGUUCGGUGGACACUAAGAGGGCUUUACCAAGAGAACAGCAGCAGAGCUUGAGAUCGCAACUUCCUUAUGCUGGCGAAGAUAUAGAAACAGAACCUGAAGGGAAUGUCAGAACUAGAAAAAUAUUUGUGGGUGGGCUACCUUCUUCCCUUACUGAAGAAGAGUUUCGGCAGUACUUCCAAAAUUACGGUAAUGUGAAAGAUAAAGUAAUAAUGUAUGACCCAAGCACUGGUCGCCCUCGAGGAUUUGGUUUCAUCACCUUUGACACAGAAGAUGCUGUUGAUAAAGUUCUUCAUAAAAACUUUCACGAACUGAAAAAUAAACUAGUGGAGGUAAAACGCGCCCUGCCUAAAGAAGCAAAUCCUGCUGGCAAUGGUGGUGGUGGAGGUUACUUGGGUUAUGGUUCUUCUGGUCCCAUUAGGUCUGCGCAGCCUACUUUUGUUGGUUACAAUCCCUAUAACUAUGGCUAUGGUUGUGAGAUUUAUACUUGCUACGGUGGGGCAGCUGGAGUAUAUGUGAAUCCAUCUUUGGCCAGCAUUGGUUAUGCUAGCAGCUUGCCCGGUGUCACAAUAAACCAGUGGAGCAGCCAGAAUCAUGGGUAUGGUCCUUUCUAUAAUUUAGAUGCAAGUUAUGGGGCUUCUAGUUCGUGGGGUGCUUCAGCCAAUCGCGCUACUUUUUUGCCAUCAACUAGUAAUUCUCAGGGUCAUGCUUCUCAAAAUGGGAAUCAGGGGAAUGGUUACAGCACCUACGCUAGAAAUAAAGGCUCUUUCACUGAUUCUGAUGGUAAUGAGACUAGUGAUACGCAUACAGAUAAUGCUCCAAACAGCAGUAUCUGUGAGGGGUCUACCGAGGCAGGGAAACACGAGGCAAAUGGGCACAACACAGCAACAAUCUGUGACAGCAGUAAUGGUUCUCCGGGGUUUCCAAAUGCAGCUUGGGUUUCUGAUAAAUAAGAAAUUCUGAGUUAAUAUUGUGGUAGACUAAGGGAAAACUGACAGCACUGACCAUAUCAUUAAAUAUCAGCUUCUAAUUAAGAAUCACUCAAAAGAAAAAGUAACCCAGUUAUAACUCCACCAGUUCGGUCGCAAGAGAUCCGAUGACUGGUUGAAUUACUGCAGUCUAUGUAUUGGUUAUUUAACAGUUACAUUUACAUUCUUACAAUGCAGAUGAGUAGUGUUACUUUAAACUGCACUGGUGAUACAGUGUGUAUUGUCUUUGCUUAAAGAUGUUAUCUAACUGAGGUUGCUUAUA